UGCCGCGCGGGGGGCGGCGGGAAGAUGGCAGCGCUGCUGGCGCGGCUCUGCCGGGGCCGUCCCGGCCUGCGCGCCCCCCGCCUGCCCCUGGCCGCGGCCCCGCCGCUCAGCCGCCCCCCGGCGCCUCGCCCCCCGCCGCCGCCGCGGCCGCUCAGCUUCUCGGCAGCCGAGCUGGUGCGCGCCGCACCGGGCCCGCUGCAGCCCUACCUGCGCCUGAUGCGGCUGCACCAGCCCGCCGGGACGUGGCUGCUGUACCUGCCCUGCAGCUGGAGCAUCGCGCUGGCGGCCGCGCCGGGCUGCCUGCCCGACGGGCGGAUGCUGGCCCUGUUCGGCGUCGGGGCGGUGCUGAUGCGCGGCGCCGGCUGCACCAUCAACGACAUGUGGGACCGGGACUACGACCGGAAGGUGGCAAGGACAGCAAGCAGGCCCCUGGCAGCUGGAGACAUCUCCAUCUUCCAGUCCUUUGUCUUCCUUGGAGGGCAGCUCAGCUUGGCUCUCUGUGUCCUCCUCUGCCUCAACAACUACAGCAUCCUUCUGGGAGCAGCCUCCUUGUCCCUGGUGGUCACCUACCCUCUGAUGAAGAGGAUCACAUACUGGCCACAGCUGUUCCUGGGCCUCACAUUCAACUGGGGAGCCCUGCUGGGCUGGGCUGCCAUCAGGGGCUCCUGUGAGUGGGCUGUGUGCCUGCCCCUCUACCUGGCUGGGGUGAUGUGGACCCUGGUGUACGACACCAUCUACGCCCAUCAGGACAAGAGGGACGACGCUGCCAUCGGGGUGAAGUCCACGGCGCUGCGCUUCCAGGGCCGGACCAAGCGCUGGCUCAGCGCCUUCAGCCUCACCAUGCUCCUCAGCCUCUGCCUGGCAGGGCUCAAUGCCAGCCAGACCUUCCCCUACUACUCAGCUGUGGCUGCUGCAGGCCUCCACCUCGCCCACCAGAUCUACAGCCUGGACCCGGAGAGGCCUGAGGACUGCUGGCAGAAGUUCGCCUCCAACCGCACCGUGGGGGUCCUGCUCUUCACUGGCAUCCUGCUGGGCAACCUCUGCAAGCAGCAGGGCUCCAGCCAUGGAGAGGAGCCCUCAGAGGACAGGUAGCUGCUCCAGGCACUGCUGGCUGCAGAGGGAACCCCCAGCUGCCAGCACUGGGGCUGCUGCUUCCUGCCACGACCUCCCUGCAGAGGAGGAGGCUGUCCCCCGGGGGCGCUGGGAAUCAGCCUUCAGUGGCUCC